UUUGUUUUGUUUAAUUUUUAUCAGAUGCUAGAUAAUAUAAUGUUACCAUUGAUUGAAAGUUAACCACUUUUAUUUACUUAUAAUUUAAUCACUUUCGAUACAAACACUUAAAAAUAAAUUAUUUUUUUUACCUGUUUAUUUCUAUAUUUCUUUCUUUUAUAUAAUCAUAAACUGAGUUUCUUAUCAUUCAAUUUUGAUCUUUGAAAAUUAACAAAAAUAUAUAUAUGGUUGGACAAAUAAUCGGAUUUGCACCUGAAGUCAGAAAUGAUGUUGAAUCACAGGGAGAAAAGGACGAUAUAUACGAAAAGGUAUUGAAAGCGGCUGACUAUAUAAAUUCUUUACUUAAACCUAAUUUAAAUCCCACUAUCGGUAUAAUUUGUGGUUCUGGUCUUUAUGAAAUCGGAAACGUUUUACAAAAUAAGGUCGAAAUUCCAUAUGAAAAUAUUCCGGAGAUGGCUUAUAGUAAAGUCAAAGGUCAUCAUAAUAUGAUAGUGGCUGGAAAAUUAGGCGAUAAAGAUGUUGUAUGUUUUCAAGGUCGGUGUCAUUUUUAUGAAGGAGUGCCUCUUUGGAAGACAACCAUGUCAGUCAGAAUUAUGAAAAUGUUGGGUGUAAAGUUAUUGUGCGUGACAAAUGCAGCUGGCGGCAUAAAUGAGAAUUAUAAGGUAGGAGAUAUAAUGGUUAUAAAAGAUCACAUAAAUUUCUUGGGAAUCGCUGGAAACAACGCAUUAGUUGGUGAAAAUGAUUCAAGGUAUGGCACAAGAUUUCCUAGCAUGUCAAAUGCAUAUGAUAAGAAUAUAAGAAAAUCCUGCAAAAAUGCCUUUGAUAAACUAAAAUUAUCUCACUUGUACCACGAAGGUGUAUAUUGUUGCGUGUGUGGUCCUAACUAUGAAACUAAAUCUGAGGUCAGAAUGCUCAAGUUAAUGAAGGGAGACGCUGUUGGAAUGAGCACAGCUCAUGAAGUUACAGUAGCCAGACACUGUGAUAUAAAAGUAUGUGGCCUAAGCCUUAUAACUAAUGUUAUAAUUGAGGGAGAUGCUGAAGAUGCUGAAGCGAACCAUGAAGAUGUAUUGAAAUUAGCAGAAGUGGGUGUGCAAUAUAUGGCUUCUGUAAUAAAAGAAAUGAUUUUAUGUCUAUAAUGAUAUCUUUUUUUAAAAAUAUAUAUCCAUUUAUUUAUAAUAUGUGGUUUUAGUUUUAUCAAAAAUCGAAAUAAAAAAUAUGGUGUUAAGAA